GACGGCGUGGGUUCGCUUGAGUGACACAAUUAUAACAAGUUUGAGCUGGAGACUGGGGGCCAAGUUUAACAUAUCGCCACAUUAUCACCUCGGCGGAAAAAUCAGAGGCGUUGUUGGGCUACAUGUCUGCUGCAGUGUCGCUGGAAAACCGAGAGGAAUAUGUGCAGAGGACAAUGUGAAAAGAAGGGCUGUUUUUGAAGGAGAGUCUCUUUUCCUGGCGGAUUUGGCAUCUUGUUCUUUUGCGUUCGGGAUCGGCGCGAAGGUGCCGGCGGCGCUGAUACAUUAAUCUGGCCGAGUUUGUCCGCCGCUCGCCCCGCUUUCUCAAUGAAGCCGUGCGCGGUGUCGCUGGCCGCCGCAGCCUGCGCUGCUGGUCCGAGUCUCGGCGCUGCUGGCGAUGAUGAGGAAAAGAAAAUGGCGGCGCGAAAAGCGAGUGAAACCGAAGAGGACUUUCCAAAGCUUACGGAGCAAGAAAGGGAGCGCUUAGCCGGCAUUGACAGCUCACUGUUUGGAUUUCAGAGGCUUCAUGAAGAUGGCGCCAGAACGAAGGCCUUGCUGUUAAAGGCCAUUCGCUGCUAUGAUGCCUACAUCUUAAAAACUGAAGGAAAAGUCGAACCUGAGGUGUUUUGCCAGUUAGGGCAUUUCAACCUUUUGCUAGAAGAUUACCCUAAAGCAUUAUCUGCAUACCAGAGGUACUACAGUUUACAGACAGACUACUGGAAGAAUGCUGCCUUUUUAUAUGGCCUUGGUGUGGUUUACUUCCAUUACAAUGCAUUUCAAUGGCCAGUGCAGCCCACCUCCUCAGAUGCCUAUUCUGGACAGAGAAGGGCGAUAAAGGCCUUUCAGGAGGUGCUUUACAUUGACCCCAGCUUCUCAAGAGCCAAGGAGAUCCAUCUGCGGUUGGGGCUGAUGUUUAAAGUUAAUACAGACUUUGAGUCAAGCCUCAAGCACUUUCAGCUGGCUUUGAUUGACUCAACACCCUGCACUUUGUCCAAAGCUGAAAUUCAGUUCCACAUUGCUCAUUUAUAUGAGAUUCAGAAGAAGUACCGCGCAGCAAAGGAAGCUUAUGAAAGCCUGUUACAAACAGAGAAUCUUCCAACGCAGGUGAAGGCAACUACCCUCCAACAACUGGGCUGGAUGCAUCACACAGUAGAGCAGCUAGGAGAUAAAGCCAACAAGGACAGCUAUGCUAUUCAGUGUCUGCAGAAGUCUCUGGAAGCAGACCCCAACUCUGGACAAUCUUGGUACUUCCUGGGCAGGUGCUACUCCAGUAUUGGAAAGGUCCAGGAUGCUUUCAUCUCUUACCGGCAAUCUAUCGAUAAGUCAGAGGCCAGUGCUGAUACAUGGUGUUCAAUAGGAGUGUUGUAUCAGCAGCAAAACCAGCCAAUGGAUGCACUUCAGGCCUAUAUAUGUGCAGUACAGCUGGACCACAGCCAUGCAGCUGCCUGGAUGGACCUGGGCACGCUGUACGAAUCUUGCAACCAGCCACAGGAUGCCAUCAAAUGCUACAUUAACGCCACCUGCAGCAAGUCCUGCACCAACAUCACUGCCCUCACUGCGCGUAUUAAAUGUCUACAGGCUCAGUUGUGUAAUCUACAACAAGGUAGUCUACCGAGUAAAAGUAAAAUACUUCCUAGUAUUGAGGAGGCAUGGAGCCUACCAAUCCCAGCAGAGCUUACCUCCAGACAGGGAGCCCUGAACACAGCACAGCAGCAAGCAUGUAAAGCUCAUCAGCGUAGCGAAGGCCAGGGUCAGCUCCCCAGUCAGUCUCUGCCUCCACACGCACUCUCCACUAGCCAGGGGGACAACCACUCCAGCCCUGCCAAAAGAAAGAGGACCACAAGCCCAUCCAAGAACUCUCCAGAUUCUUGGACAAACAGCCCAGUCCAACACCAAAUCCCCAGCUGGUACUUGACUCCCCAGAAGCUUCAGCUGUUGGAGAAGUUGAGGGCGAACAAGGCAAGUCUGAAGCCAGUUGAGCUGCAGAUGUUGGACCAGUUGGAAAAGCAGCUUGCAGUCAUGCAGCAGCAUCAGCAGAUGAGACUGAAUGCUGUCAGCGAGGUGCGGCCCACCUUAUCCAAUGGCCCUGUAGCUGACCCCUCACUGCCAGAUUCAAACUCGCUCUCUUCACCACACCACCCACACAUUGCUCUCUCCAGUACACCCGCAACAUCUCAGCCCUCCAUUCAUUCCCCCCGCCCUCUUCAACCAAUGGCCAACGGACCUGUCGCUGCGAGCCCCUCCCCCUGCAGCGCUGCUGGAGCCCUGGGUCACACAGAGAGACGCUCUGUGGGCAAUAAUCACAUACCAGGACAGGGGAGCAAUGGAAAUGUGCCUUACCUAGAGCAAAACGCACUACCUCAUAAAUGCACAACUCCCACCAGCAGCAGCAGCAACGUGAACGACCUGCCGUGGAAAAGCCAACACUCCUCUCAGGGGCUUAAGAAAAGUCCAGGUUCGCAUUUGGCAGGUCCUAACGGAGAACGGCCUGCCUCUUCCACUGGGACUUCUCCGCCUGGCCAGGCAGCCAGUAUCGGCGUUCUAAAUCAGCUCGAACAGUCCGGCACAGUCAGUGGUGCGUCAGCACAGGAGGCUCCUCUCAAUCACCUUCCCUCUCCCCCUCUCCUGCACUCUGCUACCUCAGGUGGACAGCAAGGCGCUGCAGCCUUGACCAAAGAGAGCAAGCCUUCAGAAAAUGGGCAUUCCACGGGGACGCCUAACAGCACUGCCACUGCAGGACUGCCUAAUCACGUCCAUCAGGGCUUGGCAGAUGCUGCUGCAGCAGAGCCCCGCUCACCAGGUGUACUUAGUUCAGACAAUCCUAAGCUCUCGGCCUUGUUGAUGGGAAAAGCCAAUAGUUGUGAUAAUAGUAAGGACGGUGGGGUGGAGGCUGCUGGCACAAAGAUUAACAACAUUCACUUGGCCCUGCACGUGGGCUCAAAGACGCAAGAAAACUCUGUGGCCUCCUCACCCUGCUCUGCAAUGUCUACAGCCACGCCUUCACCCAAAUCCACAGAGCACCAUGCCACUCAGAACAGUGUUGGCAGCCUUAACAGCCCCAAACUCAAUGGCAAAGGCCUGGAGGACUCCCAAAGCCCCAUGAAGGUGGAUUCUCCCCUGGUCUGUCAUAAACGGUCACCCACUUCGCUUGCUCCAUGGUCCUCUGUCUCCAUCUACCCCAGCUCCAGCGAGGUGCUUAAAGCCUGCAGAAACCUUGGGAAGAAUGGAAUAUCCAGCAACAGCGUGUUAUUGGACAAGUGUCCCCCUCCAAGGGUUCCCCCUUCACCGUUCCCUCCACUACCAAAGGACAAACUCAAUCCCCCUACCCCUAGUAUUUAUUUGGAGAGCAAGAGGGACGCCUUCUUUCCCCCUCUUCACCAGUUCUGCACGAACCCGGCCAACCCUGUUACAGUCAUCCGAGGCCUUGCUGGAGCACUCAAGCUGGACCUGGGCCUGUUCUCCACUAAGACUCUGGUGGAGGCUAACCCAGAUCACCUGGUGGAGGUGAGGACUCAGUUUUCUCAGCCCACUGAUGAGAACUGGGACCUGACGGGCAGCAGGAAGACGUGGCGCUGCGAGAGCAGCCGCUCACACACCACCAUCUCCAAAUAUGCCCAGUACCAGGCCUCGUCCUUCCAGGAGUCCCUGCGGGAGGAGAAUGAAAAGAAGGGGCAGAAAGAGCACUCUGAUACGGAAUCAGCUCCCAUGGAAAAUAUGGUACGGCGAAGAAGAGGUCCCUUUAAGCACAUCAAGUUUGGGACGAACAUUGACUUGUCAGAUGAGAGAAAGUGGAAGCUGCAGCUGGCUGAGUUGAGUAAGCUGCCUGCGUUUGCUAGGGUGGUGUCUGCAGGGAAUCUGCUCAGUCAUGUGGGCCACACUAUCCUGGGCAUGAACACUGUCCAGCUCUACAUGAAGGUCCCAGGCAGCAGGACUCCAGGUCACCAGGAAAACAACAAUUUCUGUUCUGUGAACAUUAACAUUGGCCCAGGAGACUGUGAGUGGUUUGCUGUACCUGAGCCAUACUGGGGAGUUAUGAACGAUUUCUGUGAAAAGAAUAACAUAAACUUCUUGAUGGGCUCAUGGUGGCCCAACUUGGAAGACUUGUAUGAAGCUAAUGUUCCAGUGUACCGAUUCAUUCAGCGGCCAGGGGACCUGGUCUGGCUCAAUACAGGCACCGUGCACUGGGUGCAGGCCAUUGGCUGGUGCAAUAACGUAGCCUGGAAUGUAGGCCCUCUCACUGCCCAUCAGUAUAAGUUGGCAGUGGAGCGCUAUGAGUGGAACAAACUCCAAAGUGUCAAAUCCAUCGUUCCCAUGAUUCACCUCUCCUGGAACCUGGCCCGAAACAUCAAAGUGUCAGACCACAAGCUCUUUGAGAUGAUCAAGUACAGCUUGUUGAGGACACUGAAGCAGUGUCAGAUGCUGAGGGAGGCUCUGAUAGCUGCAGGGAAGGAGCUGGUGUGGCACGGGAGGACCAAGGACGAGCCAGCACAUUAUUGUAGCAUUUGUGAGGUUGAGGUUUUUAACCUGCUGUUUGUCACCAGUGAGAGCAAUUCGCGGAAGACGUAUGUGGUGCACUGUCAAGACUGCGCGCGCCGAGGCAGCCCUAACCUCGACAACUUUGUCGUUUUGGAGCAGUAUAAGAUAGAGGACCUCACACACGUCUACGACCAGUUCACACUGGCCUCUCCUCUGCCAUCCUCCACGUCUUGACAUUAACAUUAACAGUUCUGAGGAUCACCCUCUGGAACGCAACAUAACCCUUUCUGAUAUUCAGGAAAAGUGACCCAGUUCCACACCACUGGUUUCUGUAGCAAAUCCCACAAAGGCUGCUGGCUCCAAGCUGUUUGUCUAUGCAACCCUGCCAAGUACGGAGAGUGGACCCCGCUGGACAGGAGGGGGCGCUGCUUCAUUUCUGUUCUGACUGUUUCGGCUGGCUCAGCACCACUCCUUACAGGAAAAUACACAAACUAUAAACAAGAAGUGGACAAAUUAGUAAUGUAAUUGUGUAUAUAUCACAACUGGCAAAAAUCACUCAGACUACUGAUGUGUCUAUUUCCGUUUCUUUUCUCUUUCUUUUUUCUUUUUUUUCUUUUGUUGUACUCUUUCAUGUAUGAGCUGAUACAUGACUAUAUUUCCUUCUCAUUUUCCACUAAAUGAGUACUAGCAUAGCUGGUCUUUCUUAGGAAAAUCUCUUUGGGCAAAAGAACUGAAACA